ACAUCUCAACACUCGCAAACCAUUCAAAAUAUUCAAAUACCAGUGAGAAUUAAACUCCAGAUUUGAUUGAUGUAUAAAUAUCUGACUCCAUUCGUUUUAUUUAUACCAGUUCACAUAUUCACUCCAACCGCAGCGGACAUGAGUAACCCCUGACAAAGCCAUGUUCAACUUUUUUAAAAGAAAAUCGAAGGCCGACGGCGCGAACACGCCCGAGCCGAUCCGAAAACAACCGAGCUCUGAGCACACAAAGCUAAUUUCAGUCGAAGCGCGCACGCAAAACGACAAUGUCACAAACGAAAAAACUGUAACGACAAGCAAAGAUGUAGUGAAUCUAUUACUACCCGAAACCGAUUACAGCCAGAAGACCACAGUUGUUGCAUUCCUCAACAUCAUGGGUCGCAAGAGACGCAAUAAACGAAAGCGCGAAUCCCGAACGCAGGAGAACCCGAGCCACAAUACUAUAGAACGCCCCGCAUCGCCUACACUCGCCAAAAAUACCGAAGACGCGCCGCGUACGGCGGAUUCGGACUGCGUUAGGCAGCUCGUUCUAUCGAAGUACGCAAAGACUCCCAGACAACACGUGUCGCAUGUGUACGUGAACGAACCAAAUUUGGAUGAUAAACGACAUGCAGAGGCACUCCUGCGCGAGAUAGCGAAGACAAUAGACUGUAACAUCGAUCUCAAUGACCAAAUGGGUAUUGAAAACAGCAAGCCAGAACCUGUUUACGAUACGGUGGUGCAGAUAGACGCAUACAAAAACGAACUCAAAGGUGAAUUGGAGAAGCUGUUACAAGAGGAUGACGGUGAUAAAAUAGAUACAGAAGAGUCAUCUGCAUUUAUAAAGAAGUCGAAUUUGAAGCCUCCACGAUCUGAGGAGGGGUGUUCAGAUGAUGAUAGAUCUGAUAAUGGAAAGAAACGGGUGACGUUUAGAAAGCAUAUCGUCUUCGAUGAUGGCGAGCAACAGACUGAUGAAGAGGCCGAUUCGUCGUUCGAAUCGCUUACUUCUGAAGAAACAGAGUAUUUAGAAGAUGACCCGGAUUAUAACAAGACUGUCAUUAAAGUCGAGAGUCCUUUGAUUCGAAUUGACUGUGUUGAAGAUUUGAAACGGAUAUCCAGCGAUAACAGUGAUAGUGGUUUCCUUGAGUGUGAUAAGGAGUCCGGUGAUGAGACAAGUGUGAAAAGUGUUGAGAGUGAGAGUGAGGAAGAGAUAGAGAGGCAGGAGGAGUUAGAAGAGGAUAGCGAUAUAGUCGUUAUUGAGGAAACGGACGCGAAGGACCUGGUCAACCAAGAAUCGAAAUUCCAAGCACAAGUGGCGACACUGACGGAACUCGCUGAUAACAGAUGUGAGGAGAUAGAAAGAGCGAGGGAUAUAAUCACCUCGUUCAGGAAGGAGAUAGAUGCUAAGGACCAAGAAAUUGACCGAUUAAAAUGCGACUUGGCAUCAGCUUACAAAGAAUCAGAAUUAAUACGACAGCGAAGUCGGUCGUUGGAGGAAGAACUUGGUGCAGCCAGGAGCUGUUCUGCAGACCUUGCUGACCAGCUUAACAGACGAAAUGAUGAAACAAUAAAAGCAAUACGCGCAGAGUUAGAAGACUCAAAUACAAGAUGUGCGGAAUUAGAAUCGAGAGUGGAGAUGUUAGAGCGAGACAAAGCGAGGCUAGAGCAGGAGAAACUCAUACAGGAACAAAAGGCGCAAGAGGCUCUAUCAGCAGCAGAGGCGAAUAUAUCAAAAUGGCGAUCUGCUCACGAAGCCGCUCGAUCACAGGCGGCAGCGAGAGCGGAGAGAAUUCUCGCGGAUUGCGAGUGGAAAAUGAGGGAGUUGGAGAAGAGAGCAAGAGAAGCUGAGAAGGAGAAGAAAGAGUUAUCAGAAACAGUGGAUCAGCUGAAAUCAUCUCCACCAACUCCAUCCCACAUGGCCGAGCUCCAGCAACUACGAGGUCUUUUGUCGGAGCAGCAACGUUCAGUACAGUCUUUGACGCUUCAACUGCAGAUGGUUGAGACGAGGGAAGAAAGUCUGAAACUGGAGGUGCAUAGGCUGAAGGAUCUGCUGGAGAAGGAGGCGAGGAUUAUGCAGGAUAAGGAGGAACAGCAUUUGUUGGCCAUAGAUCGACUGAAGCAGCAACAUUCAGAACACAUAAGCACAAUCAAAUCCGAGCAUUCAGAAGCCAUGUCCAGUGCUGCAAGUGCGCGUGCAACCCUGGAGAGAGCACAUGCAGAGAAGACCAGAACAACACUUGCCAACUUGAGGAUAGAAACAGAAAGAGAUACGAAGAAUGCUGAGAGGAAGUUGCGGGAGGUCACUACUAGGUUUGAAAAUCUGAAAGAAGUAUUAGCGGCGAAGGAGGCACAAUUCGAGCGAGCAAUCGCCGAAGCGAACAGCAAAGCCGACUGGGACAUCCUACAGUUGAGACAUCUCCUGGACAAAGCCGACAUCAACUACGCAAAUAACGUGGAGAUGAUGAACGAGAGAUUUGAAAAGGAGAAAGAGCGAUUAAUAGAAGAAUGGUCGACCAGACUUCGGCUGGUGGAAGAGCAAGCCACGACGGACGCUGAAGAUGCAAGACGGAACCUGGAGACGACCAGAAGCAAACUCAUAGCUGAGAAAAACGAUCAGAUCAGUAAGAUAAAAGAAAAACAUCGGUUGGAAAUGGAAGAGCAAUGGGAACAGUUCAUGGAAGACAAAGAGAAUUGCUUAGAGCGAAUGAAGUCUGAAUGUCGGCAAGAAGGUGACGAGGAGAGGGUCAAGAGGGAGAAAGACUUAAUAGAAGAAAUUGCAGAAUUAAAAACUCAGUUGCAAUCAAAAUCACACGAGUUCGAAGCAUUAGCGAUGAAGACCGCGGAGUGCGGUCGAACACUUGCCGUCACUGAACAGGAAUUAAGAGAGGCACUAGAGCGAGAAAAAGACUUGCGAGCGAAGAGGGGAGAUGAUGCGGCUAAACUGACGCAGGUCGAGAAGGCUUCGAGGGAACAAAUAGAGCAUUUGACAAGAAAGUGCGCAUGUUUAAGAAAACUUUUUGAUGAUAUGCGCGCACGUUUGACAGCUCGCGAGCGCGCCGCCGCCGAUGAGUCGCGCGCCAAAGACAAGGAAGUGCAUCAUUUAAGGGCCGAAGUUGCCAGACUCACAAAGCUAGUGGUUGAGCAGGGUUCCCAAAAACUCGGUGCCAGAACGAGAGCAGAUGGCUGCGAGAAGAAAGAAGAAACAGAAGAACAGACACAGAGGAGAAAGGGUGGAAUAUUAAAAACUCCAGAAGUCGCGCGUAAAAGGCCAACGUUGCCUGACCUCGAGCCUCUCCCGCCCGAAUUAAAACCCGCCAAUGCAGAUUCACAAAAUGGCCGCCGUCGCGCCAAAAGCGUCGAUCUGCCAGCCGUACAAGUGCCAGUCAGAAUAAAACAACUUGAAAACAUAAAUAAAGAGCAAUCAUAGACAAUAAUUAUAGACUGUUUCGCAAUUUUUUAUCUAUUUACGAGUUGUCAGUAAGAUUUAAGUCUCGCAGAGUAUAAUUGUUACUUUGACUCCGACUAUGUAUGCGUAAAUAUAAAUAUAUGCAAUACAAAAACGUU